AUGCAAAUAAAUAUAAUUGAAGAAGUACGUGAUGGACUACAGAAAAAUGUUGCAGAAAUAUCUCGUCGGUUAAAAGAAACAGACGAAGCUAGAGAAACAUUAAAGAAAGAAAUUAUUGAUUUACGUAGAACUCUAGCUGAAACACAACGUGACCGUGAUAGUAAGGAAGAAGCUAAAGAAAAUCUCGUCAGGCGGGUUCAGUCUUUGGAAACGGAACGUGUUGAGCAAAAUAGAGUUUUGACUGACCAACAACAACAAAUCAAUGCUUUUGAGGAACAAAAAUGUGCUGACAACAAGGAGAUCGGUGAAUUACGUUCAAGUGUCCGCGAAAGUGAGAAAGGACGUCUUGAUAUCCGUCGUGAUCUGCAAGAAACACGGCGUCAACUCAAAGAUGUGCAGUCUGACCAUGAAAAGCAGACUAAAGUUCUCAUGGAAAUACAGUCUCGGCUAACACGAGAAGAAGAAAAGAAUGAAGAAUUACGCCAAGAAAAUACAGUCUUAAAACAACGUAAUGGUGAAAUGGAUGCUUGUCGUUGCAAACUACGGAAAGACUUAUCUACAAGUGAAAGAAGAAUAUGUGAUUUACAAGAGCUAUUAUCUAGUAGAGAACGAGAAUACAAACAAGCAGCAGAUCAUGCAAACUGCGAAUAUCGUCGGCUAACGGACACAAGAAAUCAAUUAGACGCGACUGUUGAAGCAUUAAGUAAUGAUUUGGCUGAAGUAAGAUUGGCUUUAAGUGAUGCUGAAGGCCGCGUGAGUAGUUUGGAAGCUCAGUUGGCAAAAAGUGAAUCCAUGAGAAGAGAUUUCGCAUAUAAAUUAGCAUGUAUACAUAGUUCACUUCGUAGACUUAUUGGUUAUAAUCAAGAUCGUCAUCGAUCUAGAACUCCAUUAAGAACCACAGAUUCAACUUCUGUUUCUCCUGUUCGUAAAGGGAAAACAAGUCCAAUCAACAGUCGUGAUAACUCUCCUGUAAAAGAUGCUGUUUGUGAUUCGAAAUUUCCAGGUGUAUCAAAACUAUAUCCUGCUGAUGGAUUCAAUGCAUCUGAUCUAGAUCCUGAUGCAGUUCGUUUAGCUUUACGUGAAUUUGUUCAGAAAUAUUCCAUGGUAAAACGUGAUUAUGAAGAUGCACAAGCACAAAUCACAUCUCUUCAUUCUCGAUUAAAUGAACAAGCUGAUCAAACGGAACAAUGGGCUAGACGACUACAUCAACUUCAACAAGCAUUAUGUGAAGCUGAAGCAGAUAAGAAAGGAGUAGAUGGAAGAUUAUCUACUACUCAAACUGCUCUUAUGCUACAAGAAGAAACAUUACGACAAAAUGAACGUGACCGAAAAAUAAUGGCAGAUAAAAUAAGUCAAUUAGAAAGACAAUUAUCUGCUAUUGAAAAUGAAAGACAUGAUGAUCAGGAAAAAAUAAUGCAUUUACAUCAAACUGGAGCACGCUUCGAAGAGGAGCGACGUCUCAGUCGAAGAGCUUUGGAUGAUGCUGAGAAUCGUAUCACGCAACUUGAAGUAACUAGACGAUCAUUAGAAGGUGAAUUACAACGAUUCAAGAUGUGUGUCAGUGAUAAAGAAGCUGAAAAUCAGAUCCUUGAGGAGAGAUGUCAAAACCUCUGCAAACAAAUACAGGAUUUAGAAUCCAAAUCACAGUCAUUACAACUGACAGUUGAUCGAUUGAGUACAGCAUUAGCUAAAAGAGAAGAGUUAGAAAGUGUAAGCAAAGAUAAAAUGCAACAACUUAACUCAAGUCUUUCAUAUCAUAAUCAAACUAUAUUAGAAUUACAAGAACGUUUAGUGCAUUUACAAAAAGCUCUAUCAAAUUCAGAACAUGAAAGGCGAAUUAUACAAGAACGAUUAGAUAAUACACGUAGUGUGUUACACGAACAAAAACAUCAAAAUCAACAGUCAUGUGAAAGAAUACAAUCAUUGCAAAGUGAAUUAGCUGAUGCUGAAUUACGUCGAGGAGAGCUUGAAAAUCAAAUACGUCAAACAAGUAAUGCAUUGGAUAAACGUCAAGAGAAUGAACAAGAACUCAACAGACAACUUCAAAUGCUUUCAAAAGAAAAACAAGAACUAUAUGAUAGAGUAUCAUGUUUACAGCGAAAUUUAACUGAUGUUGAAAAUAUGCGUGAUCAUUUAAUGAAAUCAAGUAGUCAUCUAGAAAAAGAUAGACAUAAUCUUAAAAGACAUUUAGAAAAAGCUGAAAGAGAAAAACAACACAAUGAAGAAAUUGUGAAUAAAAAUAAUCUGGAUCGUACAGAAUUAGAAAUAACAUUACGACGUUUAGAAGAAGAGAAUUCAAAUAGACGAAAACAAAUUCAAUUUUUACAAUCCAAAUUGGUUGAGAUGGAACAAAAUCACUCUAAACACCUGAAUGAACUGGCACAUCGACAUCGAGCAGAAAGUGAACUGGAAAUAGAAAGACUUCGUUGUGGUAAAGCUCAAGCUGAACGUGCACUUGAAGCACGUGAACGUGCUCAUAAACAACGUGUUAAAGCUUUGGAAGAUCAAGUUGUACAGUUAAAAGUUAAGCUAGCUUCAUUAAAAGAUCAUUUGAUAGUAGAAGCAAAUAGACCACAACAAAUAAUAAGUCAUCCAAGUAAAUUUUCAACCACAAUUCAUGCUGAAUUUCCAUCAACUAAUACUCGACGUUCAUUAGAACGUAGACCUGGAGGACAAGGUGAUUCAACACUGAAAACAUCAUUAUCAAGCAGUGAUCUACGUCAUGUAACAGAAAAAGGAAGUACAGAACUUCGUAAUACAACAGGAUCAAAAUAUUCAACAAGUAAUCGACCAAAUCGACUUCCAAGACGAUAA